GCCGUGUAUCAUCGCCCUGAGAGAUCUCACACGAAUUUCGCGAAAUUGGAAUUGUUGAAUCCCAGUUAUUCAUAUCUACGGACACCGCUGUUCACAUGUUUGGGAAAUUUUUUUGAUUCACCGUGUGUUUUGAGAGAGUAGCAGACGACAAGCUCACUGGCACGUGCUUGUGGUGUUGCAGACGACAAUGUUUUGAGUGAGGCGUGCCAAGCAGACGACAGUUGGUGACGGAGGUGAAACGCAGAACUCACUGUCAUGAUUUCAAAUUUUGGAUUAUUUCUCAAGAGGAAGAGUAUAAACAUCAUUUAGAGUCAGAACAUCAGAAAACAGAUGCUAUAGCAGACUCAUCUGUCAAUUUAGCCGUCAGACGACCAUUUUGCGUUGCAGAAUAGCGUGUUUAUAACCGAUGAAGCAGAAGACACCAUAACAUCCGUAUGGUUGUCAGGUCAGCGACAACGUCACUUUUAGACGUCUCAAAGAUGUUCAUGAAGCACCUGCACUGGGUGAAUUCAAGGUGUAUUUAAAAUUUCAAUUGUAACGACAUAAAUAUAGGCAGUUUAAAACAAUAUCUGGAAUAGGAGCAGGGUACUUUCUGUGAAAAAUCCUGAGCAAGCCAGAAUUCAUUUUCAUGAAUUUCUAGAGAAAAGGCUAAAGAAAACGCUAGCUGUUCCACUCUAGAAUGGACGCCUUAAACACGGUGUUGCCGGAUGGACUCUAUGACCUUGGGUCUCAAGGAUACCACACAUAUCCCCCGGGAUCGACCCUUUGGUCCCCAAGAGUGGAUUCCUACCCUCAACAGGACAUGCCUCCCCACCCCCGUCUGUCUGAGGCCAGGGAUAUACCAGGAGAACGACCCCCAGAAGUGCCUGACCACGCAACAGAAUGGCCGGAGGAGGAAGAUGACCUGGGCGAACGUCCGACUGACCGACACGCUGACCAGUCCCAGAAACAGUCCCAAGUGGCGGCUACACUCAAAUGGCUGUCGGAGAACUACGAGCGCGCAGAGGGCGUGUGUUUGCCUCGCUGUGUGCUGUACACCCACUACCUCGACUUCUGCAAGAAGAUGAAGUUUACCCCCAGCAGGUGCUGCAACAUUCGGGAGAUUAUACGUCAAAAGUUUCCGAAACUCACAACCCGAAGACUUGGUACACGUGGGCAAUCAAAAUAUCAUUAUUACGGUAUCGGAAUCAAGGAGACAUCAAUAUACUACCAUUCUGUGUAUUCUGGAAAAGGACUUACGAGAUUCUCGGGGAUCAAGAUUAAGACAGAGGGCUCAAACCGGAAGUACUCUCUCAGUUCCAAGACAGGAACACUACUUCCCGAGUUCCCGGACGCCAAUAACCUCAUACUCCCGGAGGAUAUCGACAGAGAGAAGAUGGAGACAUUUAUUAUGAUGUAUCGCACUCACUGCCAACGUAUACUGGACACAGUAAUAAGUGCUAACUUUGAUGAGGUUCAGAAUUUUCUGCUGCAUUUUUGGCAAGGGAUGCCGGAGCACCUGGUAGAGGUUCUUAAAGCCGAAGUGCUUGCUGACGUCAUCGCCUUAUGUGACUCCAUCUUGUAUAAGGUGCUUGUCGACGUGCUCAUCCCAUCCUCCAUACAAGAUCUACCUGACAGUCUAGGAUCAGAAAUCAAAGUGUUCGUGAAACGUCUCCCUGUUUGGUUGGAAUCGUCACUAGAGAAUGCCCCAAAGGACAUCCAGGACAGAAAACAAGAAGUGGCACGUGGCUUUGUGUUGAGCGUCCGGAGACAAGUCUCGUUUGUUCACCUUGCUCAGACAGCAAGGUCGGUGCUGGUGAACCACGACUGUGUUUGUGUGAUGCAGGAAGACCUCGCUGACCUUGACAUUGAUGAACUAUGCUGUCAGGUUGGCUACCACGACCCCGAGAGAGCGCUUGCGCACAGGGAUGCUAUCUUAGAAAAUUUCGACGAGUUUCAAAACCUUCUGGGCAAGCAAGCACCAAUAGAAGCUUACACGGAAUGGAUGGACAAUAUAAUUGACAAAUGUGUUCUUCAGCCGUGUCGAGAGAAGAAGUGUGCUUUGGCAUUGGUCAGCUCCGAGUUCCUGUUGAACUGGGCGCUGAUUGGCUCUCUUGUGAUGAGAGAUCUCACCUUGAAUAGUGCUUCCAGUUUUGGAUCGUUUCACCUCAUUCACAUGAUGCUAGACGAGUAUGUUUUUCUCGUCAUGGAGACGCAGAACGAGAUGUCACGUGAGACGCAGUUACAAAAAAGUGUACAGAAACAUAUGAAGAAUGCAGAAGAGAUAAAGAUGCACGCCAAAGUGAGAACAUCGUCAAACAAAUCCCAGAAUUCUCCCAAAAACCGGAAACGGAAACACACCGAGGAUCACUACGACAGCAACAGCGAUGAGCAUGAUACCAACCCAAUCACAGACGAAAACCGCCCAUCGCAUCCCCACAUCGGUAGCUACGAGCCCUUGAAUGGUACAGCAUUUUCUAGACCUACGCCUUCAGCCGUUGCCAGGGAGACGUCCUUCGCCUUACACGAAGAUGCCACGCGCGGGAAUUUCAACCACGCUUCAUUACCUCUAUCACCCAUAAAGCACUAUUCGUCAUUUAACGGAACGUCGUACGACCGCCCCUCCUACUUGCCUCAGUUUGGUCUUAACUCUUACAGUGACUACGUGACACACAACAAUGCAUUUACGUCAACACGGGUCCAGACCUACCCAGACUCUCAUGCGCAUGCUCAGACAUUUCCCUCUGUGCCAAUCGCAUCAGGUUUGGCUCACAGUCCGGGUUCCUAUUGGUCAGAAAGCCGAACACAUCCGGCCUUCACCACCGACCCCUACGGCCAGUACAACUAUAACAACAUAGCGCCAGCUUACGACAGCUACAAGAAAGGGUCUUUGAUACGAGGGAGCGUUUACCAGGAGUCGUUCAACAGGUCGGCGUUUGACUCAGCAAGAGGAUACUAUUCCAGACCUCAAGACAACUUUCAAGUAGGGUCUUCACUGCCGGUGGGGUCUUAUGGCGGCAACUUCAUGGAGAUCGCCCCAACAGGGGGACAGUACAGCAGACAGGAGAGCGUGGUCUACCAGGACGACAUGUACUCCACCGGCACAGGCUUCUCCAGCUUCGGCAAGACGUACCUCACAGCGGCGCCGUUCAGAUAGUGCGUGGACAGACGCAGUGGCGUGUCUAGACCGCAGGUGUGGACAGUUGAGAACAGUGCGUGGACAGUUGAGGUGGCGUGUGUAGACCGCAGUUGUUGACAGUUCAGGCGCUUUGUCUAGACCGCAGGUGUUGAGAAUAGUGUGUGUCUAGACCGCAGGUGUUGAGAAAAGUGCGUGUCUAGACUGCAAGUGUUGAGCAUAGUGCGUUGCUAGACCGCAGAUGUUGAGAAUAGUGCGUGUCUAGACCGCAGGUGUUGAGAAUAGUGCGUGUCAAGACCGCAGGUGUGGGCAGUUGAGAACAGUGCGUGGACAGUUGAGGUGGCGUGUGUAGACCGCAGUUGUUGACAGUUCAGGCGCUUUGUCUAGACCGCAGGUGUUGAGAAUAGUGCGUGUCUAGACCGCAGGUGUUGAGAAAAGUGCGUGUCAAGACUGCAGGUGUUGAGCAUAGUGCGUUGCUAGACCGCAGUUGUUGAGAACAGUGCGUGUCUAGACCGCAGGUGUUGCGAAUAAUGCAUGUCAAGACCGCAGCUGUGGAUAGCUGAGAACAGUGCCUGACAGUUAAGGUACCUUGUCUAGACCGCAGGUGUUGAGAAUAAUGCGUGUCUAGACCGUGUGUGGAUAGUUAAGGUACCUUGUCUAGACUGCAGCUGUGGGCGGUUGAGAACAGUGCGUGGACAGUUAAGGUACCUUGUCUAGACCGCAGGUGUUGAAAAUAAUGCGUGUCUAGACCGUGUGUGGAUAGUUAAGGUACCUUAUCUAGACCGCAGCUGUGGGCGGUUGAGAACAGUGCCUGACAGUUAAGGUGUCAUGUCUAGACCGCAGGUGUUGAAAAUAAUGCGUGUCUAGACCGUGUGUGGAUAGUUAAGGUACCUUGUCUAGACCGCAGCUGUGGACAGUUGAGCUACCCACAGGUAUUGACAGUUGAGAAUACCUGGUGUCUUGAGGACAGGUACUGACAGUUGAAAAUAGCACUUUGAGAACAGCUGGUGUCUAGACGGCAGGCAUAUUGACAUUUAAGAAAAGCGCGAAUCUAGACCACACGAUGAGAACUGUUCACGUGGCCUGUCUAGACGUAAAGAUGGCAGAUAGUGCUAGUCUCGUCAUGUCUAUACCGUACACAUAUUGGUGCCAUCUUAUGUUGAGACAAUACAUCAUCAAAUGAUCCACUCUGACGUUCUGACAUCCUCGGUGCCCCGUCUGUCGCAAUUGUCGCUUGAGUGAAUCGUGAAAACACAGCCGCGGAGAGGGGACCGGAGGGAUGUUUCCCACCCGGGGCCGAUAUCCGUUACUAACAACCAUAUAGAUCUCUUGAGAAGCAUACACUACGCUCACAUGCAUUGUUAUACUUUGAACGCGGAUACAUUCCCACAGCUGUUCGCGGGUUUACUCCGCCACUGAUAGAUUGAUACGGUUAUAGGUAUUUUGGAUGAUUGCCGUACACGCUAUCUGAUGGCGUAGUCCCACAGCUGGCUAUCAGAGUCCGCUAUGCUAGCAGUGUAUAUGUUUUACCAGAGUGAGUGAGUUGGGUUUAACGCCGCUUUUAACAUUAUUCCGGUUAUAUCACGGCGUGUCAGCUUAAUGUGGGAGGAAAGCCCGAAGUGAUGCAGGUC